AUGAAAAAAACACCUGGAACAAAUAAGUUCCGUGCAAAAUCUGCUUUACAGCCUCAGGAGCAAACGUGUGUGUUAUGUAAAUACAGUACAAUUAAUCGACACUCUUUUAAAGUGCAUCAAAGAUCAGGACACCACUUAGAACUUCUGGAGGCGAUUCAGUCCAAUCAAGGAUCACUACCUGCCAAUGACAUCCAACAACAGAAUACCUCUGACGAACAACCUACUAUCCCGCUAAGCGAAUCUCGUAGUUCUGAUAUGGAGUCCAUUGAAAGACCAAUCCAACCUGAACGCACUGCCGAACCAUUGUCUGAACCUGCAAAUAAAUUUGACGAAAAUCAAUAUGAUGAUUAUGAUGGUGACGGUGAUGAUGAUGGGCGUGAUGAUGGUGAAGAAGAAUUCGAUGGUGGUAAUGCCUUUGACCAUUUCAACAAUGAUUUUAACAACGGAGGGGAAUCUGAUGAUGAUAGCGAAUCUAAUGAACCUCCCGUUCCUGUUAACGACGUUGUCGUGAUCGAGGCUAUAUACUUAAUAUAUGACUCUAUCUACACUUCUUAAAUCUUCCAUUUGAUAAUCCUAAAUAUAAUUCUUAUUGGUACUUUAUAUUAAAUACUGAUCAUUUACUUUAUGUACAGGCUUGAUCUCAUAUCAUCCUUCAUACAAGUAUAAGGCAUACAUUUAAAUAAUAACAUGAAUAUGAAAACAUAUGAAGGUUACAUCAGCCACGUUGAGGUGCCACAGCUGUCUUUAAUAAGAACUACAUUUUCCCCUGAAUGUUGUGCUACAAGACAUACACAGUUUAAGAAUGAAUGUUAUUGUUAUUGUUAUUGACAUCUCAUUAUGGUCUUUCUAUAUGGGAUCAUUACAUCCGAGUAUUAUCUGGAUAAAUCUACCCAUAACCGUCAUCAGCCCAUCUGUGAUCAAUGUCUGAAAUAAUGUGUAUAUAAAGACCCCCUUUUAUUUGUUUAAUAAAGC